AUAUUCAAAAAUACCUUAUAAAGUGAUUAUUUAAAUUUACCUUAAAAAUAUAUUCUAUAAAUCUUUGUUUUAGUAUUAUUAUUAUCAAACGGUUGUAGAUAUAUUUUAAAUAAUAUAAGGUUCGUUAAGUGAUUAUUUGUUAUUGUUGGUAUAAAUAAAAACAAAACAUAUUUAAAUAUGAUACUAAGAAGUUGCUUCACUUUGCUGUUGUUGAUAAUCACGGGACUUACAGCGACACCUGCCAAGGAUAAACAAGAACCUACGAUAUCAGAAUGUGCGGCAAAGGGAGGAGAGUGUGACGAAACAAAAGGUCGACCAGUGUGUGGCACCGAUGAUCAGACAUACCCAACCCGAUGUCAUUUGAUCCGAGUACAGUGCAGUGGACACCAAGUUAGCUUAAAAUAUAGAGGACCAUGCAAAGCUUGCAUUGAAGCACGCGAUUAUGCCCUCAAACACAAGGCAAAGUUUAUACCUCGCUGCAAGAGUGACGGGACGUAUGCAGCCGUUCAGUGCUUGGGCAACAGUGGUUGUUGGUGUUCUGACAUCACAGGAAAACCGAUUGAUAGCACCUCCGUGCGAAUUGGUAAACCUCGAUGUCGUGAAUUUAAUAAGGCAAAUAUUCGUCGGUCACCCGCACGGCACCUGAAUCCUGGUGGCGGCGGUGUUGGUUUAAUUGGGGGUGGUGGUGGUGGUGGACUUAUUGGAUCUGGAAUGGGACUUGGACGAGGAGGAGGAGGAGGACGUCGACAAUGUUCUGCAGAAGAUCGGAGCCUCUUCAACGUCAACCUGCACAAAUUAUAUCAAAACGAAUAUCUGCGAUCAGGUCUACACAAAGAUGCUUCUAUUCCCUCAGAUAAUACUGUUCUUGAAUGGAAGUUCAGAAAUCUUGAUUCAAAUGGAAAUACUGUCUUGGAUAAAAGUGAAUACAGGGAACUUAAAAAGGCCGUCAAGAGGGCUGUCAAACCCCGUCGUUGUAGCAGAGGUUUUGGAAAAUUCUGCGAUGUCGAUGACGAUGAUAAACUUUCGCUUCUGGAAUGGACAAAUUGCAUCAGCAAAGAUGGCAUUAACCGUCAUCUCUACAACAAACAAACGCCAUCUGUUAUCAAUAAUCAGCAAAAUAAGUUUAAUCCUACUCUCCAUCAAACCCAAAAUCACAAAAUCCAUAAAAUUCCAUCGGAAGAGCACACCAUCAGUGAAGAUGAUAAUGAAAGUAGUCACACAUUGGAAGACUAUGCCGAUUCCGGUGAAUACGAUUUCGAUGAUGACAAUGGAACUUAUAAUAACAUCAGUGAUUCAGUAAAAGAUUAUCUGCGAGCCAUCUUGCAGGACUCUGGACAAACACUUCGUGACUCAGAUGGAGACUAUGAUUGCCAAGCUGACCGAAUGGUAGCCCUGGACGAACAAACUGGUGCUUCUGCUCUCUACAUUCCGGAGUGCACAGCCGAUGGACGAUAUCAGAGGGUGCAGUGCUAUCGCUCCACGGGUUAUUGUUGGUGUGUUCACGAAGAUACGGGCAAAAAUAUACCAGGGACUUCGUUGAAAGACAAGCGACCGCAAUGUGACUCGAUAUAUCCAACAAGUCGGCCGAUGAAAGGCUGUCCAGAGCCAAGGAAAACCGAGUUUCUGAAAGAUCUUAAAGACUUUUUGAAAGACCAAAUUGGUGCCAAUUCUAUUACAAGCUCAACAAAAUGGAACUCCGAAGACGAACGAAUUGCCACUUUGAGUUUUGUAUUGCUGGAUAAGAACAAAAAUAAAUCAUGGGAACGAAAAGAAUGGAAAACUUUUCGAGAACUUGUUACGGCUCACAAGACUCUCGGGAAAUGUGGUAAAAAGAUGCCGAGAUAUUGUGAUGUUAAUAGUGAUAAGAAAAUUACGCUUUCCGAAUGGCUCAAUUGUCUAAACGCACAACGAACGGAUGAAGAUGGAUUGCAGAAUACAACUGAAAAAGUGAUUGAAGCAAUAACAAAUAAGCCUUCGAAGUUAAACGGACCGAAUCCAUUGAACACAUAUUUGAUUGAGUAGUCGAACUCCUGACUGUACUUUUCCUAAAAAGCAUGUAAUUUUGAAACAUUUUUCCAUAACCAUGACAGAAACAGCAGCUUUUACUUACACUGCAUCUCUGAAGUGCACAAAUUAAAUUUUAUAGCCUUAAACAUGGAUUAUAAAAAUGAAAACAAAAAGUAUUCCACUCAUCCACUGUGUGCAUAUUUUGUGCCAUUAUAUUGUUGUUGUGUUUAUUGUUCAAUAAUUAACAUAAUAUAUUAUGUCUAUAUGUAAUUUUAUAUUAAACAAAUAUUUAAUUUUUGUUUGUUUUCAAAAUAUUUUACUCUUCGAAUUUAACACAAAAUUAAUCAGUUUUGUAAAACACAGUAUAAUAUAAUUUAGGUCUCGUAGAAUUAAUAAGUAAUGAUUUUUUCUCGAAAGAGAAGAAUUUUAUGUAUUAAAAGAUUGAUUUGUUUAUAAUAUUUAUGUUUACAGACAUUUUAAAAUAGUAUUUAAAAUUGAUUUUAAUUAUUUUAAUAAAGAACAAAGAGAAAAUAAAAGAGACGAAGAGAAAAAAGAUCUACAUACAACUUAUGUAAUUGAAUGAAUGCUGAUAAUGAUAAGAAGAGAAAAAGAAGAAAGAGAGUGGAAGAGAACUCAUAACCAGUGAUUUUAUUAUUUUUGUUUUAUUUAUAUAAGACUAAUGUGAAUGAAUUUAAGAUAAACAACAUUUUGUUUUGUAGAUAUUUUAAUAUUAUAGAUACAUAUGUAAUUAUAAUAAUUUAGGUGAUAGUUUUAAUUAAAUAAAUAAUAUUAUAUCAUGUUUUUACCCCCAUUUUAAUAUUAUGUUCAUUUUAAUCUUUAAGUGUGUCUAGAAAACAAUAUAAAAAAAGAAAUAAAACACAUUUUAAAAUUUC